AUGAGUUCAGACUAGUCAAUUGAUAAUAAUUCCAAUCAUUGGGAAUAAUUUGAAUAAUUCAGAAAAAAAAUCACAUAAGAAUGCUAGAGCGAAGAAAAACACUUUAAAACUAAAAGGGAUUCUUACACCUCAUUAGAAAAAAUCAAAAAAUCUCCAGUUCAUGAUGAAAGCGGAUCUAAGGAAUUGCAAUUCAUAGUAGAUAGCAAACCUCCAAUUCUUGUAUAACCAAGUGAAGCUGACAGAAUUGUUAAAUUGAGAAUAGAGAAUUAAGAAUUGAAAGAAAAAUUAGAGAAAUAUGAGAAAUAUGAACAAGAGCAUCAAACAAAUUCAGAUGAGCUAGAGCUGAUCAAAUAGGCGCAUGCAAAGCAAUUAAAGUCAUAAAAGGAAUACUACGAUGUUGAAAAUAAUUAGUUAAAAAAUAAAAUAAAUUCGUUCAAUGAAGAAUUGGAAGAAUUAAAAAAAGUAUAUAAAGAAAAAAAUAUGAAAUUGUAUAAUCUUGUACUCCAAUUAGAAUAAGAAAAAUAACAAUUGAUAGACAAGAACAUUUAGUUACUAGAGAGUAGAUAAUAAAGCUCAUAAUAAGAUAUUCAUCAUCUUGUUGAAGAGAGAACCAGAGUAUUGAGUGAGCAAAUUUAUUAAUUAGAGGAGAGGAAUGCAAAAUUAUAGGUAGAGAAAAGUAAAAUCGAAGAUAAAUAUAUGAACUUAUUGAAUGGAAAAUAGUAAUCGCAACAAAAAACAUUAAGAUCAGAGAGAUCUGAAAGGAAAGAAACUAAGAAUUGUGACACAGAUCGUAAGUCAGUUGAAAAGCUAAAUCGAUCUUCAUUACAGAGAUCUGAUUGCAAACCUCCAAUGCCUACAUCAGUUAGUUAAAGCUUUGAGUAACUUCCACCAAAUUAAAAAUCAAUAUUGAAACCCUCUAAAUUAAAUAUUUCUUCAAAAGAGAAUCUCUAAACAAUGAAUCACUCAAAAAUACUUGAUACACCUAAAUCAAACAGAAAAUCAUCUAGAGCAUAAUCUUCUGUUACUAAAAAAGCAACUAAGCCCUAAAGUUAAACAUAAAAAGUUGUCAAAAAGAAAUAAAUUUAUUCUAAAAUUAAAUGA